AUGGAGCGCACACCACAGGGGGCUUCACGACUUUACCCUUCUCAGGGAACCCCGUGCGAGACUUCUGCUCAGCUACAGUCGCUGCAACGGGGGGGACCGCCGAGCAGAUGGAUCUCCCCGGCCAGGCCCGUUUCGGACUCGUCGGCGCUGCCCGACAUGUUUGCAGGAGCUUCAGCGUGGCUGGAGGAUCCCUUGAAGGUUUUUCGGCAGAGGCAGCUCCUAGGGUCUCUCUCGGGUGCCAUAUUAGGCCCUCAGCAAAGCCACAGAGGAGACUCUCGAGAGGGUACUGGCUGGGCACCUGCUGUGCGGGGCCUGGGGGCCCCCAACCUUACUCCAGAGGGCGGUCUGGGGCUUCGGUGGCUCGUUUCUGGGUGGCGCCGGGGCUCUGUGCCCAACAACAAGUUUGAUCUGAGGCCCUUUGCUGUUGCGCAACACAUGGGCCAGAUUGACCCCGCCUCCUGCCCUUUCUGCGCUGAGAGGCGAAUGGCUAUCCGGUUUCUGCGUGAGGAGAAAAACCGGCUCGACAAGGAAAUAAAUGAUAUACUUGACUCGACUCAUACGGAUCUUCGUGAUAGCCUGCGGGAGUACCAGGAGCAGCACCUCACAUCAGGAGACCGGAAUGGUCCCAGCAAAGUGCUGAGUGCUGCUGCUGCUAAGCUGUCUGCUGCAGCAGCUGCUGCAGCCGCAGCAGCAGCAGAAGCCCUUUCGGGUGCUCUCUCUGGGGCUAGUUGUCGGGGUCCCCAGUCUGCGUCUGACUUUGAUGAGCUUCUUCCCGGGACCUGCUUACCUUGGGAAGCGCCAGCAGCAGCAGAAGCAGCAAAACCAGAAGCGGCAGCAGCCCCAGCGGCGUACGGCCACGGCGGAGCCUUCCGGCGCCCUGCUGCUCCAGGCGCCCCUGGCGGUCUAAUGGGAACAGCAGCGUCACUCCUGUCGCUGGGUUCAUCUGUGCAGCUGACCGCAUCAGAUAGCGCUAUCUUGGGGGGCCCCUUAGGCGGCCCUAUGGCUGCUGCUGCUACCCCAGGGCCGCCGGUUGGCGGCCAGGAGGCCUUAUGUCGGGAAUGUGCGGACACGGCAGCUAGCGUCUCCUUUUGGAGGGACGAAGUGGACAAGCUAGAGCGCAGCUGCCAGCUAGCCAUUCAGUUUCAUACGGACCGCGCAGAGCUUGUCGAGGCUGUGCUUGUCUCCUCGUACAGAGCUGACGACAGCAGCAACCGCAACUGUGGCAGGCGCGAGAGUGGCACGUCUUGUGAUAGUGAAAUUUCACUUGAAGACGAACCUCAAGCGCGUAAGCUCAACGGCGAAACUGUGCUUUUGGUCACGAGGCCUCGAAUACAGCAGCAGCAGCUGCCGCUGUUGCAAUAG